AUGCCUACAACAAAUCAAUUAAUUUUAGGUGCACAACAACGUCUUCCAAAAAAACGUAUGCGCGAUAAAAAAACACCAGCUCUUCAAGGAAGUCCACAAAAGCGUGGUGUAUGUUUACGUGUGUAUACUAAAACACCUAAAAAACCAAAUUCAGCAAUUCGUAAAAUUGCAAAAAUUCGCUUAAGUAAUAAUAGAGAAAUUAUUGCUUAUAUUCCUGGCGAAGGACAUAAUUUACAAGAGCAUUCUGUAGUACUUGUUCGUGGAGGUCGUGUCAAAGAUAUGCCAGGUGUAAAAUAUAAAGUUAUACGUGGUGUAUUAGAUACUCAGGGUUUAAAAAACCGCCACCAAGGCCGAUCCAAAUACGGUACAAAAAAACCAACACGUACAUAA